UCUUCUCCCACUGAAAAUGCAAUGUCCAGAUGAACAGAAUCAACUUUUGGCGUUUUAUGUAAAGAGUCAAAACGAAUUGGAAGGUGAUGCUUUUUUCAUAUGAGGCUUCAUGGAUGCAUGUAGAUACAUUUACAAAAUAGGAUGAAAAAUAGAAUGCAAACGUUUUAUGUACAUCAUUAAUAAAUACAGUGAUAUUGUAAUUUUUAUACUUUUAGGCAAUCUGUAUGGACGAGGAGCAUCAGACAACAAGGCCCCAGUUUUAGCCUGGAUCCAUGCUGUAGAGGCUUACCAGGCUCUCAGUAUGGAUCUGCCAGUGAAUGUGAAGUUUGUCAUAGAGGGCAUGGAGGAGACGGGCUCUAACGGCCUGGAUGCCAUGAUCAUGGCCCAGCGAGACACCUUCUUCUCAGAAGUGGAUUACAUCAUCAUAUCAGACUGUGGCUGGCUCAGCAGACACCCCGCCCUCACCUAUGGCACCAGAGGCAACUGCUACUUCUUUGCUGAGGUAGAAGGACCGAAGCAGGACUUGCAUUCUGGUGUUUAUGGAGGGACUGUGAUUGAACCAAUGACCGACCUCAUUGGAAUUCUCGACACACUGAUCAGCCCCAGUGGCAAGAUCCUGAUUCCUGGGAUCAGAGAGGCUGUAGCUCCCCUCUCUGAUGAAGAAUGGAAAAUGUACCAGGAUAUCCAGUUUGACAUGGACAACUACAAGGAUAAGAUUGGUGUCAACCAACUCAUGUACAGCAAUAAGGUGGACUUGUUGGCUCACAUGUGGCGCUACCCCACAGUCUCCAUCCACGGUAUUGAGGGGGCCUUUUCAGACCCUGGGACUAAGACUGUCAUCCCUGCUAAGGUUACUGCUAAGUUUUCAAUUAGGCAAGUUCCUGACAUGGACCCUGCUAUGGUCAAGAAACAGGUAACAGACUACCUUCACUCUGUGUUUGCCAAAAGAAAGAGUCCCAACAAGCUCAAAGUCACAAUGGUGAUAGGAGCCAAACCUUGGCUGGCUGACACUCACCAUCCACUCUACGAGGCUGGAAAGGUUGCUAUUAAGAGAG